AUGGGUGAUGAAAACGUGGUGAGCACGGACAACAAUGCUCACAACUUGCGCCCCUCCAGUCCCCAGCUCAGGCCGUUACCUUACGACACCGGCAGUCCAGUCAUGCCCCAGGGGAAAAAGAUGAGGCCAAGGAGGGAAAGUGAAAAGAAGGUGGCUGAACUCGAGCAAAAGGUGCAUGAGGCGGAGAGAUACCACCGUAGGUGGAACCUGAGGCUCCAUGGAAUUCCAGAGCAGGCGGACCGUGGUGACGACAAUGUGCUCCAGAAUCCAUCCUACAGUGGAAGAACGUCACUAUUCAGUGAAGAACUGAAGAACGGCAACAUCUCACUAAAGCUGACCAAUGUGAAACUGUCUGAUGCUGGAAGUUACACCUGUUACAUACCAACUUUAGGCCACCAGAAAACCACCAUUGAACUCUAUGUCGGCGAGGACGGGACUCCUUCAUCCUCGCUCCCACCCACCCAACCGCCCCAGAAAGACCAAUCAGGGGAAGUGAGGGGUGCAGCACCUCGGCCAUGGGUCUCCAUUGUGGAAACCAAAGACAAGGAAGUGGUCCUGAAGUGUGAGGCUGAAGGGUUAGUCUAUAAGCCUGAGUUGGUGUUGCUGAACAGUGAGGGAACCAUUCUCCCUGCUGAUGAACCUACAGAGAGACCCAUGGACUCAGAGGGCUUGUACACAGUGACACGCAAUUUCACUGUCCAGAAGACUGCCACCAACGUGUUCACCUGUCGAGUUCAACAGCUGGAGAUCAAACACAUGAGGGAGACACAGAUUCGUGUUCCAGACAAAAUGUUUCAGGAGGAAUACCCCUUGGAACGGAAAGUUGGAAUUGGAUUUCUAGGAGCUGUUGUAGGCAGUGUUGUAGGAGCUGUUGUAGUUUUUCUGUUCAUGCGGAGAAACGCGGAAGAAACCAAUGGCGGGUAUGCAGAUAGCGGGACUGCCCUCCUCGAGAACAGCAAUGUAAAUGGCCAUCCUAAUGGUGUGCGUGUGUCACAACCUGGAGAACGGGAUAGCCAACAUACCCUUGAUUGAUUCCACCAGCCACCCUCGGCGAAGUAAUGAGAUAGACACUUAUCACCUGCAGUGAAGCCGCACAACAUUUACCUUACAAGACAGUCGUGAAGAGGUAUGGUGUGGGAACUGCUCGGCCUCCGACCGCAAGGCAAUACAGAGGGUAGUGCGUACGGCCCAGUACACCACUGGGGCCAAGCUUCCUGCCAUCCAGGACCUUCCUGCCAUCCAGGGAGCAGGUUCUUGGUCUGCUCCCUGAUCAAGGCCCUUCUCCCCCAUUUGCUCAGUUUGUCCAGGCAGCCAGCUCUAGGAAGAGUCUUGGUGGUUCCAAACUUCUUCCAUUUAAGAACGAUGGAGGCCACUGUGUUCUUUUGGACCUUCAAUUACUACAGACAUUUUUUGGUACGCUCCCCCAGAUCUGUGCCUCAACACUUUUCUGCUCUUUUGCAAACCAGUAUCACUACUUGCACAUCUGCUCAUCUAUCACUUCAGUGUUAAUCUGCUAAAUUGUAAAUAGUUUGCUACUAUGGCCUAUUUAUUGCCUUACCGCCUCACGCCAUUUGCUGUAUAUAGAC